CGGCCCUGACGCGAGAAGCGGCGAGCGCUUCCUGAAGGAGCCGGCGCGGAGGCCGCGGGGCGGGCAGGGAACUCCCGGCUGCGGCGGAGCGUGAACUUCGGCCGCUUCAUCACUUGGGAGAGGGAGCGGUCGGGAGGGCUCCCGCUCGUCCCGGAGCCCCGGUGAGCGGUGCGAAGCGGAGAGGAGCGGCAGGGGCCGAGCGAUCGCGGGGCCAAGCGCGGCGGGAGCCGCAUUCAGCAUGGCUUCUCCAGCUCUACUCAUGCGUGUGGUCGCCUCUGCAUAUUCUGUUGCGGAAAAAGCUGCGACAAUUGUUAGAAAUGUAAUGGCUGCAGGAGAUCUGGGGAUAGUGGAAAAGACUGGAGCCAAUGACUUGCAGACCAAAGCUGACCGACUGGUACAAAUGAGCAUUUGUGCUUCCCUGGCACGGAAGUUUCCCAAGGUGACAAUCAUAGGAGAAGAAGACCUGCCCGCUGAUGAUGUAAAUGAGGAAUUAAUAGAAGAUGGUCACUCUGAAGAAAUACUGAUGAAAACUUGUCCUGCUCAGUACACAGGAAUUAAAGAGGAAGAGCUUGUAAUAUGGGUUGAUCCCUUGGAUGGAACCAAGGAGUAUACUGAAGGUCUCCUUGAUCACGUAACAGUUCUAAUUGGAAUUGCUUAUGGAGGCAAAGCAAUAGCAGGAGUUAUUAACCAGCCAUACUACAACUACGAGGCAGGAGCUAAUGCUGUGUUGGGCAGGACAAUCUGGGGGGUCCUGGGCAUGGGUGCCUUUGGAUUUCAGCUCACAGAAGCACCUGCUGGGAAACACAUCAUUGUUACCACUCGUUCUCACAGCAGUACUCUGGUAAAUGACUGCAUCAGUGCCCUGAACCCUGACAGUGUCAUCAGAGUCGGAGGGGCAGGAAACAAGAUCAUUCAACUUAUAGAAGGCAAGGCAUCUGCUUAUGUGUUUGCCAGUCCUGGAUGCAAGAAAUGGGAUACGUGUGCACCUGAAGCUAUUCUACAUGCUGUAGGAGGCAAGAUAACUGAUAUCCAUGGAAAUUCAUUUCAGUAUAACAAGGAAGUGAAACACAUGAAUUCAGCUGGGGUCCUUGCCACUUUGAGGAAUUAUGACUAUUAUGCCAGUCGUAUUCCUAACGCUGUUAAACAAUCUCUUGUGCCUUAAAUCAGCGAAGUGUCUUCAUUUGGCCUGCAAGGCUGAGAAAGUGAGCUUGGAGAAGAAGAAAGAAAGAAGAUAACCAAGCUUGGAAUUUUGUUGUAUAGAAUCUGAAUUGAAUUCUUACAUUAAGGUGUUCAAUAAUUUCAAAAUUACCUACAGAAUCUCUAGGUAUAUAAGGGAUCAGAUUGUCUUGCUGUAUUUAGAAGACACAGUAACAUUUCUUCAACAGUAGUUUUUUAUAUUCUUUGUGAGUAUUCAUUCCUCAUGUGGUAUGACUGUACUUAAUUGUGGCAUAAUUACUGAAAGGGCAAAUUAUUGAAACUAAUUAUCAAGGAUAUACUUAUUGAGAAUAAAGAUAUAUCCACAUCUUCAGCAUAUAAGGCAGCUGCACAGUGGGGAAGAAAUCACCCCACACACACCUGGCCUGCAUUCUUAAUUGGUAGUGCCUGAGGAAGCUCAAUGUAGUAUCAAUUAAAAGACUCGGGGGGUUGAGUGAUACAAAGGUGUCAUGGCUGGGCCCUGUUAACAAGGCACAUGUACAAGAAGCAGAUGGUAGAUGCUAGUUUCGGUAGAUGCAGGUUUUGAAAAUAAGUUAUAGUUGCUGUCAAUUAAAGAGGAUAAAUGUUAAUUUCUGUCCAAAUUCCUAGUUACUGAGCCAGAAAUUUGUCUGAUGGAUGAAUGUUGCUCAUAAUCUCAUUAUAAUAUGAAAACACACCUCCAUCUCAAAGGAUACCUGCCUCCAGCCUACCUUCAAGCAUGCGUAGUAAGGUUUUUACCUUAAAAGUUGAAGGGAGGAUUACCAAACCAAAUAAUAGCAAAGGUAUGUAUGACUAGAGUCACUCAAGCUCCACCUAAACAUAGAAAAUAGCAUAAAAUACCCUAACAGCAGAGGAAGGGUGGGGGGAAGACACCAUCACUCAGAAGUCAAGGGAACAGUUUAGUAGGACUUUUGGGACCAGUUGAUGGGCUGAGCCUAUCUCCCCUACCCUCAGGAGGAUGCUCUUGGGUAAAAUUUGUGCACUUAAUUAUACCAAGUUUAGACAUCAAGAUUGUAUUUGUAAUCACAUUAAUGGAGCUCUAUAGUCAUCUUAGAAUUUAUAUAGAUAUAUGGUACCAAUACUUUCUUUAAACUAACAUUAUUUCAACUAAAGUGUGUUUUUGCAACUAAAGUGUGUUUUUGCAAAUAGUAUUUAUCAACAGCAUCUGAAAGAACCUGCACCUGUUGGUUUAAUAAACCGUUAUUUGUGGAUCUACUAAUGAGAAUUUCUCAUUGAAUGUGCCCACACCUAUAGUAUAUGUUAUACUGUUCAUGAAUCUGUGCAGCACGUAGAUUUUAUUAUACUAUUUGUGAAUCUGUACAGCACCUAGAUUCAAUGAUUGUGACUGGCCUGCACUAUUUGUGCAUCUACUUGUGUUAAUUCAAUGUUAAUGUGCUCAGACUUACAGUAUGUAUUAUACUAUUUGUGGAUCUGUGUGCCAGGCUGGCCAUCGAGCAUGAUCAGACUUAUAGUGCUGACUUGCCAUUAUUUGCAUCACUCAGGAGUUCAAUCUAGCCACCUUGCAUGGGGCUUAACUUCUGCUAAAUUAAUCAUCUUAACGCAACAUUAUUAUACUGCUAAUCACACCACCACAGUUAAAAAAUCGUCUUAAUAUUCAGGGCACAAAGUUAUCACUUACCUCAUUCUAUCAUCAUCAGCCAGUCCAUAAUGUUAACAUGAUACUGAAUUAAAGCUGCAUGUAUGGGAACAA